CCAAAACAUAAGAUAUAAAAAGUAGUAAAUGUGGCCAAAAGUUGAGCAAUGAGAAGGUGUUAAUUACUCAAAGUACGAGUACUUACAUGGCGCUUCAGUAUCUUCAGUGUUAUUCAUGCCGGCCAUGCAUGGUUCUUUGUCAAUGUCAACGUGUUCUUUUUUCUGUCCAAGAUCCAUCUGAAAGCACUUCCUGUGUGACGAGCGUAUCAUAGAAGUGACCUUCCGUGGAGCAGACACGUCACGACAUAACCAAACCGAAGUAUUUGGCUCCCGAUGGUUUUCGCCCUUUUCCCAUGGCAGAGGUUCUGACCGAUGAAGAAAAGUCGGUUUUGGAGGCCUUCCAGAAAUUUGACAAGGAUGGCUCCGGUUCCAUCUCGCGCGAUGAGUUGGGACAGGUGCUGAAGAGCUUGGAUCCUGAAGGUUGGGAUAAGGACUCCAUUGACCAGGUCUUGGCUGAUGCGGAUGCCUCUGGUGACGGACAGCUGCAAAUGAAGGAGUUCAUUAGGUGGGCCUUCACUCAAGAUGAGUCGAUUUCCGGCGGCAGAGGCUUCUUGACCCUCAAGAUCGAAGGUGCAACACUGCGGCCGGAACUCAAUGGAAUCUACGUGCCCGAACGGGAAACCUACUUCCAGCGGCCCGUCUUCUACUGCGCGGAGAACGACCGAGUCUUGUUCUACCACGGCAAGCGGCAGCAGUGGCAGAUCUACUGGCAAACUUCCACCCUGAGUUCUGCUCGUUUGAAGACGACCCGCUCACCCCACAGAGACUCGUUGGAGGCUACUUGGGCGACUUAUGACUCCAAGACGAAGAAAUUCGUGCCGGAACCAGAGAUGCGCUGCAGCUUGCUGACACCAGAGGAGCAACAGGCGCUGGCACCCACAUGGGUCAUGGUCUACGACGAGCCCGCAAAGCGCUGUCCUUUUGAUCCAGCUGCAGGGCUUGGACACCAAGGCACGGCAGACCAGCGAACCUUCUUCUACAAGAAGUCAGAGGAGACCUUUGCCGACCGCCCCGUGUACGAUGGUUGGAGGUCUCGCUACAAGACUGGUUGGCACAUUUGCUAUGAUGCAGACUUGAAGAUCUGGAAGCAAACCACGCAAGUGGGCAAAGCCGGAUCGCCUCCAGGGCGAUCCGUGCCCACCAAUGCCUAUGCUCCCCAUUUGACGCCUUGGUACAGUGAUGAACGAACCAUCCAAAGGUGUGUGAUUCCCCACCAAGUGGAUGCGGAGAUUGCGGAGGCCGAUGGCCGGCUUGUCACCCUGGGUGGUGCCAAAACCUCUUACGUGCCCGUGAAAGAAGAGGUUCCCGACGGGUGGAUUGAUCCAGACUUCCCCCAUGAGACCAGCACCAUCUACAUUCGACGGUUUGCUGGCUCGUACCGGAAUUAUACCACCAUCAAAUGGAUGAGAAUUCCAGCCAUCACUGCUACACCUGUGCUUUUUGAUGACUUGUCACCCGCAGAUGUUUGUCAGAAAGGAGUUGGAGACUGCUGGCUGAUCACAGCCCUGGCCGGAGUGGCCGAGUUUCCUUCCUUCUUCAAAGAUCACGUCUUUGUGACCCAAAACGUCCCGAGCGAAUCGGGCAAGAUCGAGCUGAAGCUCUUCGAUUGCAAACUCCAGGAGUUCCAGGUGCUCCGUUCGUUCGUCGCGAUGCCCGAAAUGCUCCGUUGUGUCUUCGUCCCCGUGUUCCGUUCGUAG